CUCGAAAUCGAAACUCACUAAAUCAGGUUUUAUUUUUUCUUAAGAAGAAGACGAAGGAGAAGAAGGUUUUACGAAGAACCCAGAUUUUGUUAAGAAAUGGAUGUACCAGAGGAGACGAGGCUUCGCCACAAGCGAGAUUUUAUCCAGUUCCUCGAAAGCAUGUACAUCGAAGAAAUCAAGGCGUUGAUACAUCAGAAUCACCACCGUCUCAUUGUUGAUAUCUCCGACAUUCAUAGUCACUUCCGCGAAUCUUCCUCUAGGAUACUGAGGAAUCCAAAUGAGUACAUGCAGUCAUUUUGUGAGGCAGCUACUGAAGCUACCCGAAGUAUUGACCCUAAAUUCUUGAAGGAAGGAGAGCAAGUCCUUGUUGGAUUUGACGGUGUUUUCGUCUCUCGUGUUGUCACUCCUAGAGACCUUCUCUCUGAGUUUAUCGGAUCUUUAGUCUGUGUCGAGGGCAUUGUCACCAAAUGCUCUCUUGUGAGGCCUAAGGUUGUUAAAAGCGUACACUUUUGUCCAUCAACUGGUGAAUUUACCAAUCGAGAUUAUCGAGACAUAACAUCUCAUGCGGGUUUACCCACUGGGUCUGUCUAUCCCACAAGGGAUGAUAAGGGCAACUUAUUGGUGACUGAAUAUGGGCUGUGCAAAUAUAAAGAUCAUCAGACCUUGUCAAUUCAAGAAGUGCCUGAAAAUGCUGCUCCAGGUCAGCUUCCACGAAGCGUGGAUGUCAUAGCUGAGGAUGACCUUGUUGACUCAUGCAAGCCAGGAGAUCGAGUGGCUAUUUUCGGCAUUUACAAAGCUCUUCCAGGGAAAAGCAAGGGUAGUGUAAAUGGAGUCUUUAGAACUAUCCUCAUAGCCAAUAAUAUCGCUCUGCUCAACAAAGAAGCAAAUGCACCUGUAUACGAACCGCGAGACCUACGGUACAUUAAAAAGAUUGCAGCCAGAGAUGAUGUAUUUGAUCUCCUGGCUCGUUCCUUAGCACCUUCUAUUUACGGACACACUUGGAUAAAGAAAGCAGUAGUUUUACUGAUGCUUGGCGGUGUUGAAAAGAACCUCAAGAAUGGAACCCACUUGAGAGGAGACAUCAACAUGAUGAUGGUGGGUGAUCCAUCUGUUGCUAAAUCUCAACUUCUGAGAGCGAUAAUGAAUAUUGCACCAUUGGCUAUAUCAACAACAGGUCGUGGUUCUUCCGGUGUUGGGUUAACUGCUGCUGUGACUUCUGACCAAGAAACAGGGGAGCGAAGACUAGAAGCUGGUGCAAUGGUCCUCGCUGAUAAAGGUAUUGUGUGCAUUGAUGAGUUUGAUAAGAUGAACGAUCAGGACCGAGUUGCUAUACAUGAAGUGAUGGAGCAACAAACUGUAACCAUUGCAAAAGCGGGUAUCCAUGCAUCACUGAAUGCUAGAUGCAGUGUGGUUGCUGCUGCAAAUCCCAUAUAUGGAACUUAUGACAGAUCACUGACACCAACAAAGAACAUUGGGCUUCCAGACUCGCUGCUUUCUCGUUUUGAUCUACUGUUUAUUGUGUUGGAUCAAAUGGAUGCUGGUGUCGACCGCCUGAUAUCAGAACAUGUCUUGCGCAUGCAUCGUUACAAAACUGAUAGAGGUGAGGCAGGGCCAGAUGGGAGCUUGCCAAACACGAGCGAGGAGGAUGGUGAGAAAGAAAUAUUUGUUAAAUUUAACCAAACUCUACAUGGGAAGAAGAAAAAAGGCCAAUUUGAGAAAACCCUAAACAUUAAAUUCUUGAAGAAGUACAUUCAUUAUGCCAAGCACCGUAUUACGCCAAAGCUCACUGAUGAAGCAUCGGAACGUAUUGCAGAAGCUUAUGCAGAUCUCAGAAAUGCAGGUUCCGAUACUAAGACUGGAGGUACACUUCCGAUAACUGCCAGAACUCUAGAGACAAUAAUCCGUCUUGCUACGGCUCAUGCCAAAAUGAAGUUGCGCAGAGAGGUAACUAAACCCGAUGCAGAGGCUGCCUUGAAGCUUAUGAACUUUGCUAUAUACCAUCAAGAAUUAACAGAGAUGGAUGAACGUGAGCAAGAAGAACGUCAAAGAGAACAAGAAAGAACACCAAGUGGCCGUAGAGGCAAUCAACGCAGUAAUAUUGAAGAUGCAGCAGAGAAUGAUGCUGCGAAUGUCGACAGAGAAACUGCAGAUCCAAUGGAAGUGGACGAACCUUCAGUAGAGCAAUUCAGUGGCACAGUCUCUGCAGCAAGGAUUGAGGUGUUUGAACGAGUGUUUGGGCAGCACAUGAGGACACACAGGCUCGACGACAUUUCUAUUGCAGAUAUAGAGACUGUUGUCAACAACAAUGGAGUUGGCGCUUCUCGUUACUCUGCAGAUGAGAUUAUGGCUCUCCUAGAGAAACUGCAAGAUGAUAACAAAGUGAUGAUCAGCGAUGGCAAAGUUCAUAUCAUUUGAUCAUAAAGAAAUCUUUAUUGAUUGCAUCAUCAUCAUCAUCAUCAUUAUAAUAUUAGAACUUGAAACAGUGUAGUAGUAAAAGAGAACUCUUGGAAACCAAAACAUCAGUUCGCAAAAACUUUAUUCCUACGGUUUUAGCAAGGCACAAUGCAAGAAUGGCAUACUUCAAGUCUUCAACCAUCUAA